CCACGCUGGGAUCGGGGAGCAGCGGCGCUCGCCUGGCUCCCCGCCCAUUCCUCCCCUCCCCGCUGAGGCCGCACCUCGCGAUCCCCGCCGCUCCCCGGCGCCGAGGGGGCGGCGGGCGCGGCAGGUGCGGGGCGGCCCCGCUCCCCUCGGUGGCCGCGGGCCCGGGCGGGGUUGCGCCGCCGCGGAUACAGGCGCUGGCCCGGCGCCAGCGACAUCGGCGCGGGUUGCAUCAGACGAGGUGCUCCGCCGCGGCCGCGGAGCCGGCUCGGUGUUGGCCGGGCGGCCGCAAGAUGCUGCGGACAGCACCCUGGCUGCUGCGGACCAUCAGCACCACGGCCGCGGCUUAUCAACAUAAGCUAAAGCUAGCCCUUAUAGGUCAAAGUAUUUUUGGACAAGAAGUUUAUAACAAGCUGAGAAAAGAGGGACAUAAAGUUGUAGGUGUAUUCACCGUGCCUGACAAGAAUGGACAAGCUGAUCCUUUGGCCCUGGCAGCGGAGAAGGACGGCACUCCUGUUUUUAAGUUCCCCAAAUGGAGAGCUAAAGGCAAGCCUAUCAAGGAAGUAGUUGCAGCCUACAAAUCAGUUGGAGCAGAGUUAAAUGUCCUUCCAUUCUGUACACAGUUUAUCCCCAUGGAUGUUAUUGACUGCCCAAAACAUGGCUCUAUUAUUUACCAUCCAUCCAUCCUACCACGCCACCGAGGAGCUUCUGCAAUCAACUGGACUUUAAUUCAAGGAGAUAAGAAAGCAGGAUUUACUAUAUUUUGGGCUGAUGAUGGUUUGGACACUGGACCAAUACUUCUACAGCGAGAAUGUGAUGUUGGCCAAAAUGAUACAGUGGAUGACCUGUAUAACCGGUUUCUCUUCCCAGAAGGAAUAAAGGCUAUGGUGGAAGCUGUACAUCUAAUUGCUGAUGGUAAGGCCCCUCGUAUACCUCAGCCUAAAGAAGGGGCAACAUAUGAAGGGAUCCAGAAAAAGGAAAAUGCAGAGAUCUCCUGGGACCAACCUGCAGCAGCUUUGCACAAUUGGAUUCGAGGGCAUGAUAAAGUGCCUGGAGCAUGGACAACAAUAAAUGGACAGGUGGUUACUUUUUAUGGAUCAUCAUUACUUGAUGCUUCAGUGCCUGCUGGACAAGAGCUGACAAUAAAAGGUGCUUCAAGACCAGGACUUGUGACAAAGAAUGGUCUAGUCGUUUUUGGAAAUGAUGGGAAAAUGGUACUAGUGAGAAAUCUGCAAUUUGAGGAUGGAAAAACGAUCCCUGCAUCUAAAUACUUCUCUGCUGAUGAAACAACUGCCCUGGAACUCACAGAAGAAGAGAAAAAGAUUGCAGAAGAUAUCAGAGCUAUUUGGAAGGGAAUUUUAAGCAAUGUUCCUGUGAUUGAGGAUUCCUCAGACUUCUUUAAAUCUGGAGCAUCCUCUAUGCAUGUUGUCAGAAUGCUAGAAGAGAUCAAACAGAAACAUUGUGGACUGCAGCUACAGAAUGAAGAUGUGUAUAUGGCCACUAAGUUUGCAGACUUUAUUCAGAUGGCUGUCAGAAAACUCAGAGGAGAAGACAAAGAAGAAGAGUUAGUCAUUGAUUAUGUUUCAAAAAAUAUGAACAACAUGACUGUGAAUAUGCCAUACCAAUGUUUCAUAAAUGGGAAAUUUAUAGAUGCUGAUGAUGGAAAAACAUAUGACACUAUAAAUCCAGCAGAUGGAUCAGUAAUAGCCAGUGUAUCUUCUGCUUCACUGGCUGAUGUUGACAAGGCAGUGGCAGCAGCAAAGGAGGCUUUUGAAAAUGGUGAAUGGGGGAGGAUGAAUGCAAGGGAAAGAGGGCGACUCAUGUACAGACUUGCAGACCUGAUGGAAGAACAUCAAGAGGAGUUAGCAACAAUAGAGUCUAUUGACUCAGGAGCUGUCUACACUUUAGCUCUGAAGACUCAUAUUGGAAUGUCUGUGCAAACAUUCAGAUACUUUGCUGGAUGGUGUGACAAAAUUCAGGGUGCUACAAUUCCAAUUAACCAGGCCCGGCCAAACCGUAAUCUAACAUUCACCAAGAAAGAGCCAAUCGGUGUCUGUGCUAUUAUUAUCCCCUGGAACUACCCACUGAUGAUGCUUGCAUGGAAGAGUGCAGCGUGCUUGGCUGCAGGCAAUACCCUUGUACUCAAACCAGCUCAGGUCACACCACUGACUUCCUUGAAGUUUGCAGAACUCUCAGCUAAAGCUGGAUUUCCUAAGGGCGUUAUAAAUAUUCUGCCUGGUUCAGGUGGCUUAGUGGGACAGCACCUCUCUGAACAUCCAGAUGUUCGCAAAGUUGGAUUCACUGGUUCAACACCAACUGGUAAACAGAUCAUGAAGAGUGCAGCUGCUAACCUGAAAAAAGUUUCUCUGGAACUUGGUGGCAAAUCACCAUUGAUCAUAUUCAGUGACUGUGAACUUGACAGAGCUGUAAAAAUGGGUAUGGGAGCAGUGUAUUUCAACAAAGGAGAAAACUGCAUUGCAGCUGGCAGGCUGUUUGUGGAAGAAUCAAUUCAUGAUGAGUUUGUUAGAAAAGUGGUUGAAGAAAUAAAAAAGAUGAAAAUUGGUGACCCACUUGACAGAUCUACAGAUCAUGGUCCGCAAAAUCACAAGGCACAUUUGGAAAAGCUGCUGCAAUACUGUGAAACUGGAGUAAAAGAAGGAGCCACUCUAGUGUAUGGAGGAAGACAACUACGUAGACCAGGUUUCUUCAUGGAACCCACUGUAUUUACAGAUGUUGAAGACCAUAUGUAUAUCGCCCAGGAAGAAUCCUUUGGUCCUGUGAUGGUCAUCUCUAAAUUUAAAAAUGGGGAUGUUGAUGGAGUAUUGCAACGGGCAAAUGCCACAGAAUAUGGCUUAGCUUCAGGAGUUUUCACAAAAGACAUAAACAAAGCUCUCUACAUCAGUGAAAAGCUAGAAGCUGGGACAGUUUUUAUUAACACUUACAACAAAACGGAUGUGGCAGCACCAUUUGGUGGAUUUAAGCUGUCUGGCUUUGGGAAAGAUUUAGGUGAAGAAGCUCUUCAUGAAUAUCUCAGAACCAAAGCCAUCACUGUGGAAUAUUAAAGUAACAGCUUCACUUGGGAAGCAGACUUUCAGCAGAGUUUGAAUCUUGAUUACCACAUGAAGCGCUUGAUACCACACCUAGGGUAUGCUGUCUGCAGUGCUACAACCAAAAAAAAACAGAGUAAAAUACUCAUUCCAUGGAUAAGUUUCUAUAAAUUAGGUCCAGAUUUUAGUCAGACAGACAAUGGCUUUGGAAAUCUCCCUGAAGUUAUUUACAUUAUGUAGCAGCAACAGUUGGUAGCACAAUUUCCCCCCAUCCUCCCCCCACCAAAACCCCAAGAAUAUGGUUCAGUUUCUGUUUUAAAUAGAACUGAAGAAUAAGUUCUCACAUACCUACUUCAUAUUUCUGUGGCAUAAUGUUUACAUGAUCAUUUAAAUCCUUAGUCAUUAGGCUUCCAAAGUUGAACUAGAAUAUACUGAUUAUGCCAUUUUUGCUAUAAACCAGUUCAGGUUUUAUGGUAGCAAUUAAACACUCAGCUCUGGUGACUUUUCAGCAGUACAGAAAACCUUUGUGCCAUAAGUAAAUCAAUGCAAGGAAGUGCACUUACUAUGAUCUUUGUACAGUACAUACAGAGUUCAAUAUUGGUGUUAAACUAUGCAUAUCAAGCUAAAGUUACUGAAAAUAUUUUCUACCUUUUUGUUGUUAUGGAAUGUGUGAUCUGCCUGCAGUUUGAAAGGUGGUUACAUUAAUGGAUUAAAAUCACAUUUUGUGUCUGUGCACAUGGACUGUAAUCAGUUUCAUACUGUAUGAUUAUUACUUUGUAUUUCACAAAUUUGUGUUCUUUUUAAUCUCUGGGAAAAUGCCUUGUUAAAUGACCAGGGUCAGAUGUUGGCUUUCAAAUUUUUUUCAAUUUGGAAGAAAUUUUCUAUAGCUUGAGACCUUAGUUAACUAAGCCUGUUAAGACUCCUUGCUCUUAGAAUGCAAAAACACCCAAAGCUUCAUUUAUCUGUGGGCUGCUAUUAAAGGCAGCAGUCUUUUUCUUUGAUCCCCAUCCUUCCCCUUCACUAAAAUACUCCAUGGUUUAAUCAGUAAAUCAUGUCU